AUGCAUUACAUACUAUACGUUUGGAUUUUUACAUUUAUUUCGACGAUUACAUUCGUUGAUGGUCAAGUUUGUAUACCCAACCCAUGUGCAAAUGGUGGUUUAUGCACUGCAAUUUCUGCUGUCGAUUAUACUUGUCGAUGUACAGCUCCUGUACUAACUGGAAAGAAUUGUGAUGUACUGCUUACGACAACUACACCACGUCCAUCACCGUGUGCAUCAAAUCCAUGCGAAAAUGGUGGUGUAUGUAGUGCGACAGUAUUUGGUACUUAUACAUGUACAUGUAAUCAAUAUUCAUAUGGACCACGAUGUGAAAAUUUGAAUCCAUGCUAUAUUCAACCACCCAUUUGUCAAAAUAAUGGUGUUUGUACGCCUGGUCUCAAUGAAGCAUACACAUGCUCGUGUACUGCACAAUAUACCGGAUCUCGUUGUGAAACAUUGAGGCAACCCGUGUCGAUUUGUGCAUCCAUUCCAUGCCAAAACGGCGGUACCUGCUAUGCCUUGAAUUCAAAUACUCAAAUUUAUUGCCUAUGUCUAUCUGGAUUUUCCGGCUCAAGAUGCGAGCUUACCAAUGCUUGUGCAAGUAAUCCAUGUUUGAACAACGGUGCCUGCACGAAUGUUGGUAAUUCAUAUCAAUGCACUUGUCCCAACCCGUACUACGGUACUAACUGUCAGUUUUUAUCUGCUGCGAACCCAUGUUCACCGUCACCGUGUCAAAAUGGUGGCGCUUGCACCGUUCUCAAUAAUGCAGCAUUUUGUGCAUGUCCGUCACCUUAUGCCGGUGUAACUUGUUCUGAAAUAAUAGCUAACAACAUUUGCGUAACAAAUCCAAAUAUCUGCAAAAAUGGUGCAACAUGCUCACCCGUCGGAGCUGACUCAUGGAAAUGUGAAUGUGCAGUUGGAUUUACAGGAGCAAAUUGUGACACAGUUGCCACAAUUAAUACCUGCUUACAAGGAAGUACACCUUGUUUAAAUGGCGGAAACUGUGUUUUGGCUGGAAAUGCAUAUCAAUGCGUUUGUCCAAGCGGCUUUACUGGUCAAUAUUGUGAAACAGCAGUAGCAGCGUCAACACCUUGCAAACCAACACCUUGUAAAAAUGGUGCAACAUGCUACCUAUAUGGCAACACAGAUUAUGUAUGUAACUGUCCAGCUCAAUAUACUGGCCGACAGUGUCAAACAGUUCUAGCUUCAUGCAAUUCUCAAUUAUGUAGUAAUGGAGGUACAUGCGUUUCUAUGUCCAAUGGCCAAAUUAUAAAAUGUGCCUGUCCAGCUGGAUAUACAGGUGAUCGCUGUCAAAAUUUAGUUCAAAAUCAAUGUAUCUCUCAGCCAUGUCUUAACGGUGGUACCUGUUUUCAAGGUCCAUUUACAUAUGAUUGUAAAUGUCCUAUUCCAUAUCGAGGAGAUCGUUGUGAAUCUAUUGCAACUGUUUCUUCACCAUGUGAUAGCAAUCCAUGCAUCAAUGCAGGUACAUGUAAUGUAGUUGGUAAUAGUUUCACAUGUACCUGUCCACCUGGUUAUUCGGGCAACACAUGUGAAAUAAAUACUCGACCAGCUGUUUGUGAACUAGACUGUUCACCAGGUUAUUGCUUUGCCAAUCCAUCAGGUCAACCGGCAUAUGCUUGUUAUUGUACGGAUAAUAGCAUACAUUUACGAUCAUGCCGUUCCCGUAGUGCAUCUCGACCUUGA